AUGGAACCGAAGAACAGUCCUCCCGAGUCGGUCGAUGCACCACUGGCCGAGGUCUUGGACGAUGCGCCGAAGCUGACCUUUAACCACGAUCUCCGAUUUUGGUUGGUCUUUAUUGCAUUGUGUGUGACUUCUCUGCUGGCUGCUCUCGAAGGGACUGUCACCUCUACUGCCCUUCCUACCAUUGUCGCUGACCUCCAGAUUGGCGACAAUUACCCUUGGGUAUCCGAUGCCUACUUUUUGACCACAGCAGCUUUCCAACCGCUAUACGGACAAUUCGCCAAUGUCUUCGGUCGCCGCUACCCCAUGAUCUUCUCCGUUGUCCUCUUCAUCCUCGGCAGUGGUAUCUGCGGAGGUGCCUCGAGCGAGGCCAUGCUAAUCGCUGGUCGAGCGGUUCAAGGCGUUGGCGGAGGCGGAAUCAACAUGCUCAUCGAUCUCAUCAUCUGUGACCUGGUCCCCCUCACGCAGCGAGGCGCAUACAUUGGGCUGCUGUUUGUCGUCUUUGCAAUAGGCACCUCACUGGGCCCAUUCAUUGGCGGUGCCAUUGUCGGCAACACCACCUGGCGAUGGGUUUUCUACCUCAAUCUUCCUAUUGGAGGGUUAGGUCUAGGCCUACUCAUCCUCUUCCUGCAAAUCAACUACAACCGCGCGAUGUCCAUUGGGGCGAAGCUGAAGCGCUUGGACUACCUCGGGAACCUGCUGCUCGUCGGUGCAAUAGUAUCCAUUCUGAUUGCGCUCAGUUGGGGCGGCACGCGUUAUCCUUGGUCCUCAGGCCACGUCCUUGCGCCGCUAAUUAUCGGUCUCGUGGGAAGUCCGGCGUUCGUCCUGUAUCAAGCGACUCCGUUUGUGGAAGAACCGACGACCCCGUUGCGACUGUUCAGCAACCGUACUUCGAUCAUCGCAUUCUUCAAUACCUUCAUGCACGGCCUUCUCAGCUUCUGGAUCCUGUACAUGCUUCCGGUCUAUUUUCAGGCAGUGCUACAGUCAUCUCCAGAACGCUCUGGCGUCCAGCUCCUCCCAACCGUGAUCUCGAUGAUCCCCGUCGCUGGCGUGUCAGGCGCGAUCCUCUCGAAGACAAGCAACUACAAAUUGCUCCACAUCUCCUCCACCGCAGCGUGGACGCUGACGCAAAUAAUCGCUGCAUUUGGCGCCGGAACGGUAAUGCCCGUGCUUCUGCCGGCAGUCCAAGCCGGGCUCGAGGAAAAAGACACGGCGACUUCCACGGCCCUGUGGGCUUUUGUCCGCAGCUUCGGCAUCAUCUGGGGCCUGUCCGUGCCUGCUGCCAUCUUCAACAAUCAAUUCGACAAGUAUGCCUCGUCGAUCAGCGAUCGCUCGGUACGAAACAUGCUGAGCGGGGGCAAUGCGUACUCGUACGCCUCGAGCGCAACCAUCAGUGCACUCCCAGCCGCAGUGCGGGCAGAGACCAUCAACAUGCACUCCCGCAGUCUGCGCGUGGUGUGGCAGGGCUCCAUCGGGUUCUCCGGGCUGUCCUUUCUGCUCUGCUUCUUCGAGAAGAAUAUCAAGUUGCGGUCGCAUUUGGAAACGGAGUACGGGCUGAAGGAAAAGAACGCGGGAAAUGGCUCGAAUGGAACCGAACCGGCGGUCUGAUCUGCUUGUGAAAGUGGUCCGGUCGUUCACAGGAAGUGUUGGAGUUCAUCUUGGGAGGUCUCUUUGUGCUCAUAUGUUGAUAUAUUGCCGGUGUCUCUGAGAAGAAGCCACAAAGCUCCAACGCGUGGCUAGCGGGG